CCCCCUUUCUUGUCGCCUGCGCCGACAGACUGUAGCAGCAGCCGAGUGUAGCUGGAGGAGAGAAAGGCAGCAAACAGGAGAGGAGAGGACUCCUCUCAGUUAGGACUGAUAUUGUGCACAGUAACGUGGUUUCAACAUGCCUCUGAGGAGUACGACACUGCCUGGGAUUGCUGUGCUGAUCUCCUCGUUGCUUCUCAGCUCCCAUGGGACAGAUGUUUGUGACAGCCCGCUGGUGUCUAAUCUGCCCCAUUCAUCAUUCCGAAGCUCAUCACAGCUGUCUGGUAGCCAUGGACCAGUCUACGCAAAGGUCAACAGGAGAGAAGGAGCUGGAGGUUGGUCUCCUCUCAUCUCAGACGGAUACCAGUGGCUGGAGGUGGACCUGGGGAGGAGGACACGUAUCACAACUGUUGCCACCCAGGGACGCUACGGCAGCUCUGACUGGUUGACGGCCUACCUGUUGAUGUUUAGCGACACGGGCCACAAUUGGAGACAGCAUUGUCAAGAAGACAGUUUUGGGGCUCUUCCAGGCAACAGCAAUGCUGACACUGUGGUCCAGUACAAACUUGAACAGAUGGUGGUAACUCGUUUUCUCCGCCUCAUCCCUCUGGCCUGGAACCCGAAUGGGAGGAUUGGACUUAGACUAGAAAUAUAUGGCUGUCACUAUGCUUCUGAUGUAGCAAACUUUGAUGGCAGCAGCAGCGUGCUAUACAGAUUGAGUGCUCGGUCGAGCCCGAUGGCCAUUUCUCUGAAUUUGAAAACCCCAAAGAAUGUUGGGAUGCUGCUCCAUGCUGAGGGAAAGGGAGAUCACAGCCUCAGUCUUGCUUUGGAAAAAGGGAAACUUCUGCUCUUUCACCAACAUGGUUUGAGUUCAUCCUCUGGCGGUCAUGUCCUUUCAACAAUGGGUAGUCUACUUGACGACCAACACUGGCACCAUGUAAAGCUAGAGCGAAUUGGCACCCACCUCAACCUUACUGUGGAUAAGAAUACACAGUACGUUGUCAUACCAGCUGACCUCAGUCACUGGGACAUUCACUGGUUAAGUGUAGGAGCCGUCCAAAGUCCCGAACUUAAGUCAAACCCCUACAAGAAGAAUUUCAAUGGCUGUGUGGAAAACCUGCAUUACAAUGACCUCAACCUGAUUGACAUGGCAAAACAAAACAACCCUCAGGUCACUGUGGUGGGCAAUGUGACUUUUUCUUGUGAUGAGCCAAUUUCAGUGGCUGUAACGUUCACUGACUCCCAGAGCUUCCUCCAGUUGCCUGGACACACAACGAAGGCAUCAGGGCUCGACGUUAUAGCUUUACAAUUCCGGACAUGGAAUGAGGAGGGACUACUGCUCACCUUUAACAUUCUGCAGCAGCAUAGAACUCUCUGGCUAUACCUGAGUGAUGCCAGACUCCAACUACAGAUCAAUGACACUGUCAGGGUGCUGCUCGAGCUCAAUACAGGUUCGGGGCUGAACGAUGGUCAGUGGCAUUCAGUGGAGCUGAGUUGUGGACAAGAUCACCUGAGUAUCGCAGUUGACAAAGAUGAAGGUGCUACUGCUCACACUGCAGGCAUCCCGCAUCCUGAUGGUCAACUAUUCUUUGGUGGCUGUCCUCCACUGGGUGGGAAUCACAAGUGUAGGAACCCCGUUGCAACCUUCCAGGGUUGUAUGCGCCUUGUGACUGUGAAUAAACAUCCAGUGGACUUCAUCAAGAUUCAGCAUAGGCCGCUGGGAAAUUAUAGCCACUUGCAGAUUGAUAUGUGUGCCAUCACCGACAGGUGCUCCCCUAGUCACUGUGAACAUGGAGGAACAUGUACUCAGUCAUGGCGCACCUUCCACUGUAACUGCUCCGACAGUGGCUACAGAGGUGCCACCUGCCACAGCUCAAGGUAUGGACAGUCAUGUGAGGCAUACAAACACAAAGGAAAAACAUCAGGACAUUAUUAUGUGGAUGUGGAUGGCAGUGGACCAAUCAAACCUCAGCUCAUGUACUGUAACAUGACAGACAGGGCAUGGAUGGUGAUCAAGCACAAUAAUACAGAACUGACCCCACUGCAUUCAAGCCCUGAGAGAAAGCAGCAUAUAGUCCAUUUCCAUUAUGCUUCAGAAGAGGAGCAGUUAGCGGUGGUCCUCAGCCGAUCAGAGCAUUGUGAGCAGGAACUAUCUUACUAUUGCAGGAAUUCCCGUCUCCUCAACAAACCAGACAGUACGCCACUAAGCUGGUGGUUUGGAGGUCAAGCUCCUGGACGGAUCCAAACACAUUGGGGUGGAGCUUUGCCAGGCAGCCAAAAGUGUGCUUGUGGACUGCACAACAACUGUUUGAAUUCAAACGUCCAGUGCAACUGUGAUGCUGACAGUGAACAAUGGACUAAUGACUCAGGUCUCCUCACCCAUAAGGAGACUCUCCCAGUCCAAUCUCUGGUACUGGGGGUCAUAGAGCCAGGCUCAGAAGCUUACUACAAGGUGGGACCUCUACGUUGUCAUGGAGACAAAAGUUUUUGGAAUUCUGCACUAUUUGAUAAAGAGACAUCCUACCUUCACUUCCCUACCUUUCAUGGAGAACUAAAUGCAGACAUCUCCUUUUUAUUCAAAACAACAUCGUCCUCUGGGGUCUUCCUGGAAAAUCUGGGCAUCAAAGAUUUUAUCCGUAUUGAACUGAGAUCCCCCUUUGAGGUGAUCUUCUCUUUUGAUGUGGGGAACGGGCCAAUGGAGGUCAGAGUGGAAACAAAUGUCCCCAUGAAUGACAACCGCUGGCACAGCGUCCGAGCCGAGCGAAAUGUAAAGGAGGCAAUGCUUCAUGUUGAUGACCUCCCUGCAGCCACGCAUGAGGCUCCUUCUGAUGGCCAAAUUCAUCUGCAGCUAAACAGUCAACUGUUUAUAGGAGGUACAGCUUCCAGACAAAAGGGCUUUCUGGGUUGUAUCCGCUCUCUGCAGUUAAACGGAAUCACUCUUGAUCUGGACGAGAGGGCAAGGAUCACGCCUGGGGUUCAACCUGGAUGCCCAGGCCACUGCAACAGCUAUAGGUUUCUAUGCCAAAACCAGGGUCUUUGUGUGGAAAGACACAAUGGUUUCUACUGUGAUUGUAGUCAGUCAGCCUACACUGGAACCUUCUGCCAUAAAGUGAUUUCUGCCCACUUCAAGUCGACAACAUCCAUAAGAUAUACCCUUAAGGAGUCCUAUGAGCUGAGCCAAAACCGUAGUGCCUUGCCUUCAUCCAUCUUCUCCAAAAUGACACUGAGAGGAGAAAAUAUAUCCCUGAACUUCAGGACCAGACAGACUCCUGCUCUGCUGCUCUUUGUCAACUCAUUCUACAGGGAAUACAUCGCCCUGCUCAUCAACAGACAUGGUGGACUGGAGUUAAGGUACAAGUUGCACAACAGCAGAGAUGUGGAGGUGUUUAAAAGCAGUGUCAUGAACCUGGCAGAUGGACGCCUGCAUGUGGUGGCCAUUAUGAGGCGAGGAGACGCCAUCUCCAUUCAGAUUGACAAGAAUAACAGAGAGAGCUUCAUCUUGACAUCUGAUGUAGAAUUCAACAGCCUCAACUCUAUUAUUCUGGGAAGAGUACAUGAGGCUGAUAUGGUUGACUUGGAGCUGGCCAGGUUGGCCGUUCUUGGUUUCACCGGCUGUUUGUCAGCAGUUGACUUUAACUCCAUCAGUCCUCUCAAAGAAGCUCUUCUCCAACCUGACAGCCAUGUAGCCAUCACAGGCCCACUGACACAGGCAAACUGUGGUUCUCUGUCCUCUGCUAACCCCCAAUCCUCAGAAACAACACAAUCUUUACCAGACCCACCUCCUUCAUUGGAUCCAAGUCAACCUUUAGUCAAUACCAUCAAGAGUGACUCAGCUCUAAUUGGAGGUCUUAUAGCAGUGGGUAUAUUUAUCACUCUGUCUGCACUGGCCAUCAUCGCCAGAAUCACCUGCAGCAGAAAUGAGACGUAUCGGAACGCGGACAUGAAAGCAUCACAGCCUGACGUUGUCAACGAUGUCCACUUAAGUGAUGAGCCUAACUACCAGAGUGCUCGCAGGGACAACCAAAAGGAGUUUUUCAUAUAAAAAAAAAAGUGUGACUGACAGGACAGAGUGGCCCUCAUCUGUAACUUUUUAUUUAAGACACUGUAUGUGGAAGCCAUGGGUCUAUGAUCUAUACUUUUUCAUCUUGAUUUGUAACUACUGAAUGUGUUUCACAAACUGGUAAAAUAUCAAUUAUACGUGGAUUCUAAGCUGUCAGUAUUCUAAUUUUAACAGUGUGGAUUUUAAAAAAUAUAUAAAGUGUGUGCAGUAUUUAAAAUAAACUUGUCAUAAUGUCUCACUGACAACAUUUUAAUAAAAGGCACCAACAAAUUUAAUUUACAUACUAUAUGAGAUUAUUGCUAAGCAACUGUUAUUGUUAAACAUAAGAGGGAGUAUUCAAGUGGUUUCUCAAUAUCUGUCUUAAUGUUGAUUUUUUUUUUCUGUAAACUGAAUUUGUGAAGGCAUCUGGUCAGUGCUACUUCUGCAGUGGAGUUUUAAACAUGGACUGUCAGCAAUCUUGUAAACUCCAAUCAGAAAGGUCACAGCCAAGAUUUAACCCAAAACUUCAGACUGCGAGGCAGCCGUGCUAACCACAUAAACUCUGCUGCUUCAGACAAUGAUAUACAGUACUGCAGCUGUCAUAUCAGAAUGGGUGCCUCAGUUUGCUGUCGUUAUUAUUUUCAUAGAUACUGUAUCAUAUAUAAUUGUCUAGUUUGAUAUUUUGUAGUUCCAUUUGUUAUGACAUCCUGUCUGGUGAUUUUUAAAAAUUAAAAAAAAUAAAGGGGGUGAGGCGUUUA